ACGGCCCAGAGUCCAGUCGCGCCCCGCCUGACGGCCCAGAGUCCAGUCGCGUCUCGUUUGACCGCCCAGAGCCUUGUCACAUCAUGUCUGCCAGUGUGAUGGCAACCGCAAUCCUCAGCAUCUGGGCCGCAAGCUACGCUCCAGAGAACUUGACGACGACUCCAGAAGUCCUACCCGUCGUCAAGUCUGUGCCAGAGGUCUCGUCUGACCUCCCUGAGCCUUGUCACGUCAUGUCUCCUAGCGUGUUGGCAAUCGCCAUUCUCAGUGUGUGGGCUGCACACUCAGCUCCAGAGGUCUCAUCUGUUCGCCAGCCAACUCCAGAGCUCCCGUCUGAUCUCAAGUUUGCUUCGGAGGCCCUGUCUGACCACGAGACAGACCCAGAGGCCUCACCAGUUGGAGAAGCCGCGCCAAUGCCUCCUGAGGUGUCAGCUUCGGCUGUAGAUCCUCCUAGGGAGGCGGCGUUCUACCUCAAACUCUCUGCUUCUCCCCUUAUUCUGUCUGCCUCCUCUGUCUCUACUGUUCCUAGGUCCCAGGCCAUAACGCGGUUUCCUGCUCCAGAGGUCCCGUCUGGUCCCAAGUCUGCUCCAGAGGUCCCGUCUGGUCCCAAGUCUGCUCCAGAGGUCCCGUCUGACCUCAAGUCCGCCCCUGAGGCCUUCCCCGUAGGAGAAGCUGCGCCAAUGCCUCCAGAGGUGCCAGCGUCAGCUGUGGAACCUCUUAUGGAGGGGGCGUUCACCUCAAUACUCUCUGCUUCUCCCCUUCUUCUGUCUGCCUCCUCUGUCCCUGUUCUCCCCAGGUCCCAGUCCAUGACAGAGCCACCUGUUCCGCCCGGAGAGCUGCGGCACCUCCU